ACAGAGGCAAUGGAUGAAGCCAAUCACUCUGUGGUUUCUGAGUUUGUGUUCCUGGGACUCUCCAAUUCAUGGGAAAUCCAGCUUCUCCUCUUCCUCUUUUCCUCUGUGUUCUAUGUGGCAAGCCUGACGGGAAACCUCCUCAUCGUCCUAACUGUGACUUCUGACCCCCACUUACAGUCCCCCAUGUAUUUCCUGCUGGCCAACCUGUCCAUCAUUGACUUGAUAUUUUGCUCCUCCACAACUCCCAAGAUGAUUUACGACCUUCUGAGAAACCACAGAACCAUUUCUUUUGGGGGAUGUAUAGUUCAGAUUUUCUUUAUCCACGCAGUCGGGGGCACUGAGAUGGUGCUGCUCACAGCCAUGGCCUUUGACCGAUACAUUGCCAUAUGUAAGCCUCUGCACUACCUGACAAUCAUGAGCUCACGAAGGUGCAUUUUGUUUUUAGUUGCUUCCUGGAUUAUUGGCCUUAUCCAUUCAGUGACUCAGUUGGCUUUUGUUGUAGACUUGCCUUUCUGUGGCCCUAAUGAGUUAGACAGCUUUUUUUGUGACCUUCCUCGAUUUAUCAAACUGGCUUGCAUGGAGACCUACACAUUGGGAUUCAUGGUUACUGCCAAUAGUGGAUUUAUUUCUGUGGUCUCUUUUUUAAUUCUGAUAAUUUCAUACAUCUUUAUUUUGGUGACUGUUCAGAAAAAGUCUUUGGGUGGUGUAUCCAAGGCCCUUUCCACUCUGUCAGCUCAUGUCACUGUGGUAGUUUUGUUCUUUGGGCCAUUAAUCUUUUUCUAUAUGUGGCCAUUUCCCACAUCACAUCUGGAUAAAUUCCUUGCCAUUUUUGAUGCAGUUAUUACUCCUUUUCUAAAUCCUGUCAUUUAUACUUUUAGGAAUAAAGAAAUGAAGGUGGCAAUGAGAAGACUUUGCACUCAGUUUGUGAAUUACAGUAAAAUCUCUUGA